CUCCUCUAACGGAUUAAACAUGGCGCCGUCUCACAUUAUACGGUGCUGUCAGCGGAGUUUGUCCUGGAUCCCAGUCGUGUUCAUCGUCCUGGUUGUGUGCUGGUCCUAUUACGCCUACGUCGUCGAGUUGUGUGUCUACACAAUCCCAAAGACUGAAGAGCAAAUCGUCUAUCUGACAGGGUUCCACCUCUUCUUCUUCAUGUUUGUGUGGUCAUACUGGAUGACCAUCUUCACCAAACCAGCUAACCCAUCCAAAGAGUUCAGUCUCUCCAAAGUGGAUAAGGAGCAGUAUGAGACUGCAGAGCGUCCCGAGAUUCAGCAGGAAAUCCUGAGGAGAGCAGCCAGAGAACUUCCCAUCUACACCCGCACUGGCACCAGAGCCAUCCGGUACUGUGACCGCUGUCAGGUGAUCAAACCCGACCGCUGUCACCACUGCUCCGCCUGUGACGUGUGUAUUUUGAAAAUGGAUCAUCACUGCCCCUGGUAUGUGUACUAUUAUCUUGAAUGGCCAUUCUGCCCUCGUGGGGACCUGGGAGGGGGACUUUGCCGGAGGAGAUCAGCUGAAAGUUGUCCCCAGAGCGAGCUGCCUGACACUCAAGCCAAAUUCCACGUGCUGUUCCUGUUCUUCGUGUCGGCCAUGUUCUUCAUCAGCAUCCUGUCCCUCUUCUGCUACCACAUGUGGCUGGUGGGGAAGAACCGGUCCACCAUAGAAGCAUUCAGGGCCCCGGUGUUCAGAAACGGCCCUGAUAAGAAUGGCUUCUCCCUGGGCCUCAGUAAGAACAUUGCCCAGGUGUUUGGAGACCAGAAGAGGUCCUGGAUGCUGCCUUUCUACUCCAGUCUGGGUGAUGGCCAUAUCUUCCCAACACGGCUGGUCAGUUAUGACCCAGAGCAGCUACCCGCUGACCUGCAGGCCUGUUCUGACAGUGAUGGACAGGCCUACCCCAGACCUCUUAGCGAAUCCCAAAACCACCUCCUAUCCAAUGACGUGCAUUUCGUGGAUGACGUCCCCAGCACUGAUGCCGGACAGGCAGUGAGAGUCACCAUGGAGAGUGAGUCAUAGCUAGAUCUACAGGCAGUGCAGGGGAACACAGCCUGCCUCCCGUGCGUGGAAAUCUAACCUCCGACACGCUGAUACAGCAGAGUCAUCAAGUCUGAUGCCUUAAGUCCCACACGGCCCUGCCUCCGUCGCCAUGGAUACCACAUCCUCAUCACCACGAACAGAUACCCGCAGGCACGUGAACUUCAGCGUCGCCCAGGAUAUUGCCGUAUUAAAUGCGCAUCACCCAUGCACUGUUCAACACGCAUGCUGCCGUAAGCUGACGUGUCGCAGCUCUCCUCGCUGGCUCACACACAUUCCACAAGGACCCCCUAAUGGCCCCCCCGCCAGCACAGAGUGGUGGGGCUGUGUGUUUAAGCGAAACUCCUUCUUGCUCUCAGCCAAAAUGUUCUUCAGAAUUUUUACUGCGUAUUUUUACAUCAAAAUUCUCAGCAGGAAUAAUGUCCGCUCGCACUACAGAGUCUGUGGACAUCAUCGUCACGCAGGGCAGUGCAGAGUGGGGAUGGUUACAGAUACACUUCAGAUGGUGCUCAGGUGUAUCUGGCCGUCUUUGGGUGAGACUUCUUAAGGGCUCUUGUGUCUGUUUGUUUGUGUGUGUGAGAUCUUACACCCCCUGGUGUCUAGGUAAGAGAGGAAAGUGUUACCCCAAGCCCUCCCCUUCACUUUGCAGUGUAAACAGUCCUGAGGUUGUCGUCCCCCCCCCCUUCCCCAACCUCCACACUUAUGGGAACUCGAGCAAAGAGCACCUGUCGUGCCUUCAGCACACAGUGCAUUACACCCUGCAGCACAGGAAAAGCCGGCUGUUCAUUAGUUUGCAGGAUCAAAUGUUAACUUCCUGUGGAAUUCACCCUGACCGUAGGCGCACAGGAAGAAGCUUGUUUACAUCCAUCCAGUCAUCCCUUCGGCACACUCCGACGCAGCCCUGUCAACCCUCUCCAACCCCCCCCCGGGUGAGAGUCUCAAUGCUGCACCCGACCGGCUCAGACAGCUCUUUAGUGGGCUAGAUAUGUGGCUCUGUGGGUUAGGCUGCUGUGCCUGUAAUCAGAAGUUUGUCGGUUCAAAUCCCGGAGUAAAGGUACAUAUCCUGCAAUGUACUUUCACAAAAAAAUGUGUGUCUUCUAAAUGCACAUAAUGCCAUCAGGAUGUAGUCGCAUGAGAUCAGGAUCAGUACUGCACAAACAGCUUUAACGGUUGAAUGUGUGUGUGUGUGUGUGUGUGUGUGUGUGCGCAAAUUCAGUUUGUGUAGCAGGAAUUGUGGUAAUGUAGUGGACUGACCUCCAGGGGGCGCUCCUUGUGCACAAGGGGUUUGGUGCUUAUUAGAGUAAAAGUGCUCUACACUCCUCUCAUGUGACCACCAUGUCAGAACUAUGGGUUUCCCUCCAAAGAAAGUACAGUCAUAAAAAGUCAAGGAAAAUCUCCACUUCACAUGAUCUUUUUUUAUAAUUAAUGUAAGCUUUUUUAAAUGAAUUUUAAAGCCCAGUUCUGCAUGUUCUCUGUACUAAGCAUUUACUCUAAUCCAGGUUUUUGUUUGCAUUUGUAAGAGCCCGUUAAGAAGUGUAUUUGUUUGCACAAACAUUUCUUCUUCAAUUCUUAUCAGUGUUAAAAUUUUGUGUAAUUGGUUGUCCAUGUUUUUGUAGGUAAAAUUCACCAGUAAAUGAAUGUGGAGACAAAUAAAUGCUGGUGCUCAGUC